AUGGCCGCAACCGAACGGGCCGUCGCCUCUGGCGCAGACGUCGGCGAUGAUGCCCUACGGAGGCGCAACGUCCCUUCUACCCAGCCCGGUGCCCUGCAAGGCCAGCCUCAAGCCGACGACAAGGAGAAGGUCAAGAAGCAACCAUCGAUCAUCCAAGUCCUCGACGAAUGGGAGUUCCUCAUCGCCCCCAUCAUCUUUACCGCCCUCGCCUUCUUCACCCGCCUCUAUAAUAUCGGACGGUCCAACAUUGUGACCUGGGACGAAGCCCACUUUGGAAAGUUCGGAUCCCACUACCUGAAGCAUGAAUACUACUUCGAUGUCCACCCGCCUUUGGGAAAGCUCCUUGUCGGCCUGUCGGGGUAUCUUGCUGGAUACAACGGGUCCUUCGAAUUCAAGUCUGGGGAGACAUACCCAGCGGAUGUCAACUACACCUUUAUGCGCCAGUUCAAUGCCUUCUUCGGUGCUAUUUGCGUUCCAAUGGCCUACUGGACUGCCAAGGAACUCAACUUCAGGCGACCAGCAGUCUGGCUAGUUACGCUCAUGGUUCUCUGCGAAAACUCGUACACCACCAUCAGCCGAUUUAUUCUCCUCGAUUCCAUGCUCCUAUGCGGCACGGUUGCGACGACCCUCUGCUGGGCGAAGUUCCACCGGCUGCAGGACAAGAGUUUCGAACCCGAAUGGUUCUUCUGGCUGUUCAUGACCGGAGUCAGCAUCGGCUGUGUUACUAGUGUUAAACUGGUCGGGCUCUUCGUCACUGCGCUGGUUGGCCUCUACACGGCUGAGGACCUUUGGAACAAGUUCGGCAACAUCCGGAUGCCCUACGCGGAGCUCGGAGCCCACCUUGCCGCGAGAGUAGUUGGCCUGAUCGUCCUCCCAUUCCUGAUCUACAUGCUCAGCUUUGCCAUCCACUUUGCCGUCCUCACCGACAGCGGACCAGGUGACGCCCAGAUGAGCUCACUCUUCCAGGCCAACCUGCGUGGCACUGAGGUUGGCCAGAACAGCCCUCUCGAGGUAGCCUAUGGUUCUCGGGCAACGAUUAAGAACAUGGGUUAUGGCGGAGGACUCUUGCACUCCCACGUCCAAACUUACCCCGAUGGUUCUGGCCAACAACAGAUUACCUGCUACCACCACAAGGAUGCCAACAACGAUUGGUUCUUCUACCCGAACCGCCGCGACAAGGAUUAUGACGAGAAUGAGGAGCCUCGCUUUAUUGGAGACGGCGAAACCAUCCGUCUGAUCCACGCUCAGACCGGCCGCAACCUGCACUCUCACGAUAUUCCUGCGCCUGUUACCAAGGCUGACAAGGAGGUGUCCUGUUACGGUAACUUGACAAUAGGCGACGACAAAGACCACUGGAAGGUAGAGGUUGUGCGAGACGUUGCAUCUAGGGACCGCAGCAGGGUCCGAACCCUGACCACCGCGUUCCGACUGAGACAUGAAAGCCUUGGCUGCUACUUGCGAGCUGGUAACGUCAACUUGCCUCAGUGGGGUUUCCGACAGAUCGAAGUGACUUGCACCAAGGAGAACAAUCCCAGGGACACAUACACUCACUGGAACGUGGAGGCGCAUUGGAACGAGAAGUUGCCUCCUGCAGAACCUGGCCAGUACAAGUCGCCCUUCAUCCACGACUUCAUUCAUCUAAACGUUGCGAUGAUGACAUCCAACAACGCACUGGUCCCUGAUCCAGACAAGCAGGAUGACCUGGCCUCCCAGUGGUGGCAGUGGCCUAUUCUGAAUGUUGGCUUGCGCAUGUGUGGCUGGGACGACCACAUUGUGAAGUACUUCCUUCUGGGCAACCCCUUCGUUUACUGGGGCUCGACACUUUCCAUGGGCCUCAUUGGCGCGGUAGUUCUGUGGUACCUUGUCCGAUGGCAGCGCGGUAUCAAGGAGCUGUCACAGUCCGACAUCGAUCAGAUACACUAUGCCGGCCUCUACCCACUCGCGGGUUGGUUCCUGCACUACCUGCCAUUCGUCAUCAUGGCUCGGGUCACUUAUGUCCACCAUUAUUACCCUGCUCUAUACUUCGCCAUCCUGACAACGGGCUUCUUGGUGGAUUGGUGCCUGCGGAACCGGAACCAGAUCCUCCAGGCUGUCGUCUAUGGCGGGUUUUACGCUGUCACCAUUGGUCUCUACGUCUACUUUAUGCCAAUCUGCUGGGGCAUGACUGGACCAAACAAGGACUACUCCUACAUGAAGUGGUUCGACACCUGGAGGGUGACGGACUGA